AUGAUGCAGACUCCGCUUUCCUCCAACCGGAGGUAUCUCUCGGUGUUCUUCAUCGUGGCUACUAUUCUUCUGCUGCUCGCUACAGUACACAUCACUCGUGAAGGUGUCCCAGAAGUGAUUAAGUCCACUACUGGAUGGAACAACGCGGCACCCCCGACUUCACAAGGGCACACCAGUGCGUCGGCUCCCUACGCCAGCGGCAACAGGCACGACAACCGUCCUACUUUCGCCGAUCUUGCCAAAGAUUCUGGAACUGACAAGGUUACAACGCACAACUACGCUGUUUUGUACGACAAGUACCUUCCCACGUUCCGCGAUCACCCGGUCAAGAUGCUCGAAAUCGGUUUGGGUUGCGGAAUGGCUUACGGCCCUGGUGCUUCAUACCACACCUGGAUCAAGUAUUUCGAUAACCUCGAGCUUAACAUUAUGGAAUACGACGAAGCGUGCGGCAAAGCAUGGGCGGCAAAGCACCCUAAGGCGAAUCUCUACUUCGGUGACCAAGCCUCGCCGCCUUUCCUUCAACAAACCGGCAACGAGGUCACCGCUGAUAGGCUGUUGGACAUCAUUAUCGAUGAUGGUGGCCACACCAUGAACCAACAGGAGACCAGUCUGCGCGAGCUGUGGAAGUUCGUCCGCCCCGGCGGCAUGUACAUCGCAGAGGAUUUGCAUACAAGCUACUUGGCCAGCUACCAGGGCGACCCAACCAGAGUUGAUCAUGCCACGCGUACAUUUAUGCGCUUCAUCUACGAGCUGAUUGACGACUUCAUGAGCGCGCCAGCUUUCGGAGAUGGCGUGAAUCAGAAAUAUCCGUUUUCCCAUGAGAUCCAGAGCAUCGACUGCAUGGAGGCUAUGUGUGUGCUGAUCAAGAAGGAGGUUGGAGCUCGAUAA